AUGAGCGUGCAAACCUUCGGGCGCAAGAAAACUGCCGUCGCCGUGGCGCACACGAAGCGGGGCAAGGGCUUGAUUCGCCUUAACGGUGUCCCGAUCGAUCUCGUGCAGCCGGACACGCUCCGACUCAAGGCGGUCGAACCCAUUCUGUUGCUCGGUAAGGAGCGAUUCGCGAACGUGGACAUUCGCAUUCGCGUGAAGGGUGGCGGACACGUGUCGCAAAUGUACGCCGUGCGUCAGGCGAUUGCGAAGUCUCUCGUGGCGUAUUACCAGAAGUAUGUCGAUGAGGCGAGCAAGAAGGAGAUCAAGGACCUUUUGUUGGCGUACGACAGAACCUUGCUCGUCGCGGAUCCGCGCCGCAUGGAGCCGAAGAAGGCUGGCGGUCGCGGUGCCCGCGCGCGCUUCCAAAAGUCUUACCGUUAAAAUUUCUCGCGUUAUCGUGGAAAUUUUAUGGCGGGGGACGACUUUGUGAGUGUCGACAUAGUAUUAGACGGACAGACAAUUUAGGUUUUGUGAUUAAAGGAGAGACGCAGACCG